AUGGCGGACAAGAAGAGGCUGUUUCAGCCUCAGAUCAAGGGGAAGUGGCUGCGUGGGACGGAGCCUCUGGAGCCCAUACCUAAGGGCCCACAAUAUAAGCACUGGUACAAGACAAAAGACAAGUUACCUCCCAACUAUUUAGCAAAGAACAGGAACAGGCUUCUGAAGUGCCCCAUGAACACCCCGCAGUGGAUAUCUGUGAGAAAUGGGCUGGAUGAUUUCAGAACUGGCUCCCCGCCUGCUGAUAAUAUGAUCAUUCAUGGCCCUAGGGAGGGCUGUCUCUCCACGACUGCUCCUAGAGUUCCCCAACCUCCCCCCAGAAAGACUCAAUACAAGCUGUCCGAAGGAGAACUGCUUUCCAAGCUCUCACCCACCCAGCAAGCACAGAAGGCUUUUGUAGAGGAAUCCAAAGCCAGUCUGACCCCGCAUCCCUUGGCUCGAUACCCAGAUUUGAAGGCAAUUCUACCUCCAGACCUCUUAUUAAUGGUGCUGGAAGAGCUCGAUCCUAACAGGAUGCUGGAAGACACCUGGGCUUAUUGUGAGGUCAUGAAGGACAAAAAGAAGUCUCGCACAAAGCUUUGUGAAAAACACCCUAAGGAAAUCAACCUGGGACUUCCCAAACCAAGACAACCUGGGACCUCCCGGCCAAGUCGACCAAGACCCCCCCAGCCAAGUCAACUGGGGACCCCCCGGCCAAGUCAACCAAGACCCCCCCAGCCAAGUCGACCAGGGACCCCCAGGCCAAGUCGACCCGAGACCCCUCGGCCAAGUAUCUUGGGAACCCCCCCAAGUCGAUCCAGGACCCCCCGAUCAAGUCAACAGGGACCUCCCAGCCAAGUCAAACAAGACCCCCUGGCCAAGUCGUCCUGGGAUCUCCUGAUCAAAUCAUUCCGGCACCAAAUGGACGGGCCAUCCAGGACCUCCCAGGAAAGUCAGCUGGGGCCUCCCAUGCAAAUCAACCAGGACCUCCCAGCCAAGUCAACCAGGACCUCCCACCCAAGUCAACCAGGACCUCUUGGCCAAGUCAAUGGAGGGCCUCCAGACCAAGUCAACCAGGGACCUUCUGUACAAGUCAUCCUGGGAUCUCCUGGUCAAGUCAUCCUGGCACCACAUGAACAGGUCAACGAAGACCUCCCGGCUGAGUCAACCGGGACCUCCCAAGCAAGUCAACCAGAACCUCCCGACCAAGUCAGUGGAGAACCUCCUGGUCAAGUCAUCCUGGCACCACAUGAACAGGUCAACGAAGACCUCCCGGCUGAGUCAACCGGGACCUCCCAAGCAAGUCAACCGGAACCUCUCGACCAAGUCAGUGGAGAACCUCCAGACCAAGUUAAUGAGGAACUUCGAAAGAUGUCUUUGCUGUCAUGUAUAAACAAGUUGUUUCCUGAGGAAAAGAAAAAAAAGAAGUCAAGCAGAAAGGGUAUUCUCAAACCUCCUGAUCCAUACAGAAAUGUACGGAGAGAAGUUCAUAGAUUCUGUAGAUGGCUUGAUACUUUUGGAGACAUGGGCAUUGAUGAAAGUUUCAUCAUGAAACAGUUUGAAGUUGACUAUACGUGCACACCUACCUACAAUGCAGGAAAAAUAAGGAAAGUAAACCAGAUCCCGGUGGAACUAUACUACAGCGAAGGGCUAGAUGAUAAUAAAAAGAGAGAAUUUGGCAUACAGGAAAGGGACUGGGAGAGAAAACUCUGGAAGCCACCCGAUCCUUAUAAACCCAAGCAGGCAAAGAUAAGGUAUGGAGCAUGGUAUCUGAACCCCAAUACCUGGAAAAAGCUAAUAAAUAAUGAACCUUGGAUUGACCCAAAAGUCUUAAAAGAACAGGAAUAUCAACGUUAUGGAAGGGAUCUUGAACCGGACAUUAUUGAUGAUCUUUAUGGACCAAUUGCCUUCAAAGAUUUCAUUGUAAGCAAGGGCUACAGGAUGCCAGCUGUGAUUGAGAAGUUGUUUUUGAGGAAGAAAUGGACUUAUGAUUCUGUUAAGACUCCUAUAGACCGAGUAAUGAAACUCAUCUCAAACGUACCUGAUAAUACACCUGAUAAUACACCUGAUAAUACACCUGAUAAUACACCUGAUAAUACACCUGAUAAUACACCUGAUAGUACACCUGAUAAUACACCUGAUAAUACACCUGAUAAUACACCUGAUAGUACACCUGAUAAUACACCUGAUGAUAUAUCUGAUGAUGAUUAG